AUGUUUAAAGAAAGCUUUAUUUUUAAAUAAAAUUUACCAAAAGAAACUUAAAGGAAGGAAUUAUGUAAACAGUAAAACUACUAAGUUUUAUUUUGACAUUUUUUCGGAAAAAGAAAAUGGCUGCCUACGACGCAGAUCCAAACUUCUACUUUAUAUCCUAGACAAGUGAUUGGUGCAAUUGAUACUUCUGAAUAUAUUAUUACGUAUGCUGCAAAUUGUUCUGUAAUUAUUCAUUGACUCAAACAAUAUUUGUGAAGAAAAUUUGCUCCCAGGUUGUUCCAUUAAAUUCAAUAAUCCACAAGUUACAAAAACGACAUGGCGGACUGAUUAUUGACCAAUGGGAAGACAGCUUCGAGCGUUUCAGAAUUGCAUGUACCUAUUCACAUUUCGCGUCAUUACGAUUUUGGUGCCUUCUUUCUUUGAUAAAAUUUGAGUAGUACUUGUCUGUUAUCAGUGAACUGUAAUAUUAUUAAUUAAUUGUGAAAAAAUUGUGUGAAUCCAGUUAUUAAAGUUAUGACAUUCAGUUUGUAGUACGCAACUCAAACGGCUGGGACCAUGAAUGCUAUAGAUUUAAGAUGAGUCUAAAUACAAUUAGAUACAUGGUUUUGUUUUUGUAAACAAGAAUGUGUUUGCAAUACACGUGCAAAAUAGUUGUUAAUUGACAGUUGAUAGUAAGGAUGUCGGGAAGGGGGGCGAAAAAACGCGGGAGGCCCCCAAAAUCUGCAAGUUUUGAAAAAAAUAGAAAAUUUCAAUUUCAUUUAUUGAAAAAGCCAAAAUAUUUACAAAAUCAAAAUAUUGGAUCUGGCUCCCUUGUGAGUACUCCGUCGGCGUCCAGAGCAUCGUCUCCUCAAGGAAGCGAUAUUAGUAGACGAAGUACUAGAAAACAAAGAGGCGGAAAAACACAUAAGAGUAAAAGAGGCGGUUUAUCAAAUUCAUAUUCACGGAGAGGAUACAAUCCUCAAGCAGCAGAAUAUCACGAAUCAGAAUAUCAUUAUGGAUCUGAUUUUGGCGACGAGUUUAGUGACCGAUCGGAGCCGGAAGAGGACCGAGCCAGCGAUAGUUCGGAGGGGAGUAUCGCGGCUGAUGGUGCAGCCAGUGAUAGCGACUUCUCUAUUACCAGUUGCAGUUCGACAGGUGGUACUCCCCGAAAAAUUAAUAGCAAUUUAAUUAGACCUCCUAGCCCUGAUCCCCUGUGGCUACAAGAAGAAAGAAAAAUCCCUCCACUGGAACUGCCUUCUUCAUCUGAUGACCUUAUUAUUCCCCAUAAUUUGGUGUUGCAAGUUGUUGGUAUAUAUGAAGUAUUGCGUCACUUCAGGCAUCUUGUAAGGUUGUCUCCAUUUCGUUUAGAAGAUUUAUGUGCAGCUAUAAGCUGUGAGGAUCAAAGCAACCUACUAAUAGAAAUACAUAUAAUGUUGCUAAAGGCAUUAUUAAGAGAAGAGGAUGCACAACAAACACAUUUUGGUCCUUUAGAUCAUAAAGAUAGUGUAAAUAUUACUUUGUUUUUAUUGGAUGUUAUGACCUGGCCUGAAGUCCUGAGAGUGUAUGUUGAAAGUGAUAAAUCGUUUGACCAAAAUGUGGCAAAGAUUUUAAAUUCAAGUGAAUAUCCAUUUACAUCUGUGGAAGACCGUGUCAAUGUAUUGCAGUUCUUGUGCAAUCAAUUUUUAAUUACAAACCCUGUUCGUGAUGACCUCAUAAGUGAAGGUCCUGUACUUUAUGAUGACCAUUGUCGAGUUUGCCAUCGUCUUGGAGACUUGUUGUGCUGUGAAACUUGUCCUGCAGUGUUUCAUCUUGAAUGUGUCGAUCCUCCUCUUGUUGAUGUGCCUUCGGAGGACUGGCAGUGUGCCUUGUGUAAACAACAUAAAACUGUAGGUGUAACUGACUGUCUCCCUGAUGCUGAGAAACAGGGUCUACUGUGCCGUCAUGAACACUUGGGAUUUGAUAGGCAUGGCAGGAAAUAUUGGUUUAUAGCAAGGCGCAUAUUUAUAGAGGCUGAAAAUGGUGAUGUCUGGUACUAUACAACUUCACAACAAUUUCAAGAAUUUUUUCAAAGAUUAGAUGGAGAUGAAAUGGAAGCACCACUCGUCAGAGAGCUUUUAGAAAUGAAGGAGGAAAUUAUUAGGCAAAUGGAUAUAACCGAAAAACUAACAAAUCAAGUGAAAGGGAACAGAAAGUCUUAUUUGGAAGUGGAGAAUGCAAAUUUAAUUAAAGAGAGAAGUUUAAGGGAAGAGAAAAAACAUGGUCAACAUGGUAAUCAUGAUCUAAGAAUAGAUGAUGGUAAAGAUGAAAAUGAAAUAUCCUUAGAUGCUGAUAGUGAUGUGGUCAAUGAAGUUACCAUCACAAGUGAUGAAAACCCAAAAGAAGACAGUGAUGGAUAUCAAGAUUUUGAUGAUGAAGAUUGUAAAAGGCAAAAAAAUAAUCAAAACAAUAAAACUAAAUUAUCAAUGCAAAAGAAAUGUGAUGAUGGGUCUGAAAGGUUAACAAGAUUGAAAUCUAAUCAAAUUUCGAAUGGAACCUACCUUUUCAAAUUGGGAAAUGAGAAUGCAUUCAAAUCCUAUAUAAACCAGUAUACAUGCAAUCCUUUAGCAUUAAACAAACCGCAAAGAAAUGAAGAAAGAGAUAAAAAGAGAUACAUUUCUCAUAAAUUUUCUCUAUCUUCAGGACAAGAAUUUAAAUGGAUUGGUUUACUCAAUGCAACUAAACCCUUGUUGGUAGCUACUUUAAGGCAAACUCUUCUAAACUUGGAGUCCAAUAUAGUUUUGCAAUUCAUGCAUCCAAAUUGGUCUUUAUUAAGAAAGCCUUGGGUGCAAGCUGUACAGUUAUGCCAAGCACCUAGAGAUUUUGCAAGAGCUCUUUGUGUUUUACAGGCAUGUAUCAAAAGUGUCGCAUGGAUGCAGGCUUGGCAUGAACAGUUAGGUCAUGUGAGGUUAAUAAGAACCACAGCUGCUGAACGAGAGGAACGAAAAAAGCUAGAUAAAAGAGAGAAAAAGGAGAGAGAUGAAGAAGAAGAAAGAUACAGAACUGCAUAUAAUUUUGUAAAAUACUCAUUAGGGCUACACCAUCAGGUAUGGAAACAAAAAGGAGAAGAAUAUAGAAUUCAUGGACAAUGGGGCUGGUUAUGGAACUCAUCCACAAGGAAAUUUAAAAAACAUAAUGCAAAUCCCAAACUAACUCUACUCAAUGGUCCUGCUAAAAUGGCUGUAAGAGUCAGGGAAGGGAACACAAUAAAAGUAUUAGCAGUUGAACCAAAAACCUAUGAAUACCUUACAUCUGAUGCAACUGAUGAAGAUGUUCUACAGAAAUUACCACCUUCGAUGCGCAACAUGAAGCUUGAAAAGGAGUGUGAUGAUUUUGAAGAAAUAGAUGUGGAAAAAGCUUUGAGUUCUUCAACUCGAAGAUAUUACCCAAAAAUCGCUAGAAAAUCUAAACUAGAUGAUUUUCUUGCGCGCCGUACAUAUUUGAAAUUCAUGGAAGAAAAGAAGUUAAAUAAUUUGCUUGCCAAUAUAAAGAAAGAGGAGGAGGUAGAUGUAAAGUGUGAAGAAGAAAAAAAUAUAGAUGUGGAAUCUGAAGAUACUGAGGUAGACCCAACAUCCAUGUGUGGUCCAACUGUUGACUCAAAGCCAAAGAUUUCCAGCAGCAUAACUAAAAAUAUGGAUGGUCUCAGAGAUCAAUAUCAAAAACUGAAUCAGUUAACUAAACACUACAAAUGUUAUUCACCGGGCUGCAACAAUGUUGAAAUAUCAGUUAAAGCUGUUGAUUUUAAAGUUAAUUGCUAUUCUCCUCUGUGUAUUGAAAAAGGAAAGUUAUUGAAUGAACUUUUGUCAGUGUUAAAAGAUGGUACUAUUAAUUCAACACUCAAUUCUAAUGAAAACAAUAAAAUGUCAAUUUUAGAACAAUACCUUUUAGGUAAGAGUUCAAAUUCCAAAGAGAAUAUAUUAACUGAUUUACUAUCUGCUGUAGCAUGUGCACAAGAAUGUGAUAAUAAAAAUACUGACUGUUUCGUAAAAAGAAAGUCUAAUGAUGGUGCAGAUGGUAUUAAGCUUGAAAAGAUGGACCAUGAUCCAUCAACAUGUCUUAUAAAAUCUGAGAGUACCUUAGAAGAAGAAGCUGUGCCUGCUGUUGGAAAUGAAAUGGACAUUGAUAUCACAUCUAAUAGUUUCGAAGAAGGUGAUGUUGAAAUUGGCCCAUUGAAAGAAUUAACUGAAGGGGAACACCAGGACCAGCAAAAUGAUGGUGGCAAUGAUGAAAGUAAACCUCGACCACCGAUACCUAAAUUAAAAAUAACACGCGGAAGAUCUAGUAAAUCUAGCAAUACGGUGAUAUUAGGGUCUAGUAAUAAUGCGCGAGAUUCAUCUCAUGACUACUCAGUUACACCAAAUAAGAAGGAUGAUAAACCGAAGUACAGGGCGACUGUUAAUAGGAGGUUUGGUUUUACAAGGGCCAUGAAAAAAGAAGACAAGUCUAUAAAAGAAGAAAAAGUCGAUGGAGUGGUUAGAGUGUACUCUACUACAAACCCCCAAGGGAAAGUGUAUCUCAAAAGAGUGCAGACAUCUGCUAUUGAGAAGAAAAAGAAGAGAACUCCCGUAAAAUAUCCUCUAUGUUCAUCAUUCCAUACCAAAAGCAAAGCUAAAACUAUUAUGGUUUUACCGCAUCACGAAUUAAGAAAGCUCUGUAGACAAUCGGGACUAAGCUCAGUAUCUGGAUUCAGUCACAGUGCGAAACCCAAUCAGUCCGUAUGGCCGUACCCUUGCGCCAGGCCGCUGUUUAAGACCUGCUGGCUGUACCGCACCGUGAAUCUGCAGUGGCUGGCCAGUGCGGCGCUUCAGCUGAGAAUUAUGUGGGCCUGUUUGAGGUGGGACGACAUGGCCGCCAAACCGGCCACGGCUGAUGGCAAACACCAGCUAACGACGGACACUGAAAUAGUUUCACUAGAAUUGUUGAAACAUCGACAUAUAGGUCAAUUUUCAGAACGGACGCAAUAUCUUCGUCGAAAAGUUGUUAUUCCUCUUGAAUUACCCAAAACAGUUCGUGAAGUUACGUCAAUUCGCAGUGGAUUGAGAAAACGCAAGCGCGCAGAGUCUCCUCAGAACACAGAACCUCAGGUAUCAGAGGAGUGGGUGGACGAGGACAAACUAGAACUGUGGGAGGUACGUCAAUACGGUGAACGCGCAGAUCGCGUUACGCCCGUGACGCGACAAACUACCGGCAAACUGCCUCAGAGAAACAUUGCACCGGCGCCGCCCAACUCCGCCGACCUUAAAGACAAGAUGGAGCAGCAAUUGCGCGAUCAACGAGUCGCUCAUCAACAGAAGAGGGCUUUAGAAAUGUCACAAGAUAAACUGAAGACGCCCAACCAAAAUUCUGGGAAAAGCACGUUAACUUCCUUGUUGACUACAAAUGCCUCGACACCGACCGGUCAGAAAACUGUCAUCGGCACGAGGAGAAUUAUAAUGACUAAAGGUGCAGAUGGUACCACCCGUGUUAUUAGUCAGCCCGUAACAGGCGUGACAAAAACUUUGGCCACGGGGGAUGCAACGAAAACUCCAAAUACUCCAAAAGACGGACCACAAAAGGUUCAAAUAAUCCGAGCGCCUGACGGCAAGAUAACUGUCCGAGGUUUGCUAGCAGGACAGCAGCUAAUACAAUUGCCGGAUGGGAAAUUGCACGUCGUUAUGGCCGGACAACAAGGUGUAACCGGACAGUUGGUGGCGACUUCGUCUAUGACAAAAACGACGGAGCCCGACAGUUCAACUAAAGAUAAUACGGAUAAGAUACCUAUUGCACCGAAAACCAGUAUAGAAGAAACAAAGACAUCCAUUGCAAGUCGCGCAGUUACCCAACCGACACAGGUUCAGCAGAGCAUCGUGCAGGGCGGCAGGCAGAUAGUGAUGCAGGGGGGCCAGCAGGUGGUAGUGCCCUCGCAGCAGCUGGUGGUGCAGCCUGCGCAGCAGAUGGUGGUUCAAGCGGGGGCCCGACCGGUGGCUGCACCGCGCAUGCAGCCCGUGCAGACCGUGCUGGUGCAGGGCCAGAUCGUGCAGCGCCCGCCGCGCCCCCAGCCGCCUCCGCGCCCCCGCCCCUCCACGCAACAGAUCGUAGUCAACAACCCAGUGCUGGUGCAGCAGAUCGCCGCGGGAAAAAUACAGCUCGCGACGGUUAACGGUCAGCAAGUGUUGAUUCGUCCGACCGGAAACAAUCAGGCACAGAUAGUCGCGCACAUCGGACAAAGCCCGACCGCGACGCCCGCCAGUCCGGCGCCGGCCGUCGCGGUGGCUAGCGCCGUGGCUCCGGCCGCAGUGCCCACGCCACGCCCCGCCCCUGCACUCGCCGUUGCCGCGCCCUCCUCCUCGCCCCAGCAGCAGCUCACCGAGGAUCAAAUAAUGGAAAAACGACUUUUAGCAGGCCAACCCCCAGGAACAGUUAUCAAAACUGUCACGGCACAGGUGAUGCAGACGAGCAGCGGGCCGAGCAUCGUGCUGCAGGGUCUGCACGGGUACUCGCUGUCGCCACAGCAGCUCGCCCUCGUGCAGCACCAGGUCAAGCAGCAACUGUUGAAAGCCCAGGAGUCGACGGGGAAGCAGGGCAUGCUGGGUCCCAGGAAGAUGUACCUGGCGGUGCACCCGUCUCCGAGCGCGACGCCGAGCGCGCUGGCGGGCGUGCAGAGCGUGGCGAGCGUGGCGGGCGUGGCGGGCGUGGCGGCGCCGCCCACCCUGCAGCCGCUGCAGACGCUGCAGCCGUUGCAGCAUAUCCAGCCGCUGCAGCCGCUGCAGGCGCUCUCGCUGCCCGCGCACCAGGAAGGUAAUGAAGAGGACCGGACAAAACGUCAGUCCUUAGUGAACGGCGAGGACAAGGUAGCAGUGGCGGCCAGCCAUAAAGAGGCGAUGCCUUCCAAGCCCGAAGACAUACCUGAGAAUAACACUAAAACUGACAUAGUUAACUCUGUCCACGACACCGUGCAAGGCAAUAAAUUUAUUUUAACUCCAGACUAUAUACAGCAGACAAUAAAAAGUGCACUGAAGCAAGAAAACCUAAACCCCGAGAUAGAAGAGAAACUCUUGCAGCUGCAGCGAUACCAGGAGAAACAGAUGAAGCCGGAGUUGCCGCCGGAACGUGAGGUUCGCGCCGUGGUAGCCGUCACGCGCUCGCCCUCGCCGCCCCCGCCGCCGCGCCGCCGCGCGCUCUCCUCGCGACACGACGACGACGACGAGUGGCUGGAGAGCGGAACCAGCCCACGCAAGCGCUCCCGCGUGCGCCCUCCCACUCCGCCGCCUGCGCCCUCGCCCGCGCCACCCACGCCUUCUCGACCGACGCCCGCCCACCGCGUCUCCGCCCACGUGCCCGCCGCCGCGCCCUCACCCGCACCGGCGCCCAUCUCCGCCUCUCCCGCCACGCCCGUCACCCCGGCCACACCAACCUCCGCCUCGCCCGCCGCGGACGAGCGCCGCCGUAACGCCAACAACCAGUCCCGUCUGCAAAUGCUGCUCUUUAAACACAAGGAGUUGCUUAAAAAGGACAUAAUAAAGAAACGCGGCCUACUUGAAAAGGAGCUCGGUGUAGAUAUACAGAAGGAGCUGUCGACGGAGCUGGCGCUGCGCACCCGUGCAGAGCGUAGCAAGCAGGAGGAGGUGCGCGGCAAGCGGACCGCGCAGAACCGCACUACGCGCAAGCCCGCCAAGAAGGAGAAGCUCCUCUGCGUCUGCCGCACGCCUUACGACAACACCAAAUUUUACGUGGGUUGCGAGCACUGCAGCAACUGGUUCCACGGCGAGUGCGUGGGCGUGACGGAGGCUAUGAGCAAGACGAUGGAGGAGUACGUGUGCAAGGAGUGCCGGCGCGCCGCGGAGACGCAGGAGCUCUACUGCCUCUGCCGGCAGCCAUACGAUAACUCCCAGUUCUACAUAUGUUGCGAUAGAUGCCAAGACUGGUUCCAUGGGCGAUGCGUCGGCAUCUUGCAGUCGGAGGCGGACAACAUCGAUGAGUACGUGUGCCCCAACUGUCAGAAGAACAACUCUGUCAACUAUGCUAACAUGAAGGAACUGACCGCAAAGGACUUUGAAAACUUAAAGAGGCUCGUUAAACAAAUACAAUUGCAUAAAAAUGCGUGGCCAUUCAUGGAGCCUGUGGAUCCGAGGGAAGCUCCUACAUAUUACAAAGUAAUAAAGGAACCCAUGGACUUGCAGACGGUCGAGAGAAAAGUGAAUGAACAAACUUACAGUACAUUAAGUGAAUUUAUCGGUGACAUGACUAAAAUAUUCGACAACUGUAGAUACUUCAAUCCGAAAGACUCGGAGUUCUAUCGCUGUGCGGAAGGUCUGGAAGCGUAUUUUGCACAAAAAAUUAAAUAUUUCCGCGAGAAACUAUUCGAGACGACGCAAUGAUAGUGGCAGUGUACAGUGUAGAAGUUCGGCUGCGGCCCAACAGUAAGGGACUAUUGAAAUGCAAAUGAACUUAUGAUCUGCGGCAGUUGUAAAUGUAAAACAUUGUGAUGACGAUUACAAAGAAUAAAUAAUGUAUACAUUACGAUGAUGGUAAUAUUGAGUAUGUCGAGACUCAUUUUAAGUAUUUAUUGUAUUUAUUAUGGAAUGCUUCACAAUUAUAUCCCACUACAAAGCUGACGCUCGAUAGGAACUAAGCUCUUUGCAGAUGAAUGAUUAUGUAUACAGUUUUGUGAAAAUAAUUAAGUUAGCUGAUAUAACUUAGCAUGUUUAGUUUUGUAAUAGUUACAUAGACUAAGUAAACAUUAUUAUACAUAAGAAAUAAAGUUUUAAUAAUAACAUCUUU